AAUUGAGGGGCGCCGGUCUUCUUUUUUUACCUUGCUUUUUUUUUUCUUUUUCCCCCCUGGUGCCUGGCUCGGGACACACACACGCGACAAUGACGAUCGAGGCUCCUCUUCCCACAGCUGCAGAAGGAUCGGCAGUAGCGCCGUGGGAGACGGUCGCGCCAGAGGAGCAGCUCUUUGUUCUGAUUACUGGCGCAAACAGAUACAGCGGCAUUGGCCUCGGGACAGGACAACGCCUCAUCGACGAUUUCCUGGCGACGCGGUCGCUGACGUCGCACCUGGUCCUCAUCCCGACGACGCGGUCCGACUCCAAGUCCCUGGUGGCCAUCUCGGCCCUUCGAGCACACGCCGAGUACGCGGCCAAGACGUCGACGGCGCUGCGAGCCCGAUAUGCCGGCAAUGGCGACAAGGCGGAGGAAUACAACUGGCAGGACGCGGUGCGGCGCAUCCACGUGCUGAGCCUGACGGUGGACCUGUGCGACCUGCACGGCGUGUAUGCCUUUGCCGAUAGGCUGUGUCGCGGGCGGGUGAGCAACCCGGAGGGCCUGGAGGGCGAGUAUCUGCGCAAUGUGAGGAUCCCGCGGCUGGACACGGUGAUCUUCAACGCGGCGUACGGGAACUGGUCGGGGUGCAACUAUCCCAAGGCUGUGUGGAAGAUACUGUCCGAGGGACUGGUCCAGGCGGUGACGUACCCGACGUUUAAGAAUUCGCUGCCGACGAGCAUUUUGAAUGAGCGGGAGAGCUAUGGAUACCCCGAAAAGCCUCUUCUCGGCGAAGUGUUUGCCGCUUGUGUCUUUGGACACUACGUCCUCGCCCAUCAGCUGCUCCCGCUGCUGUCUCGCCACUCACCGAACCAGUCCCGCGGCCGAAUCGUCUGGUCAUCCAGCGUAGAGGCCGUAGAAGAAGUGUACAACCCCGACGACAUGCAGUGCUUCCUCAAGCCCGCCGCCUACGAAUCCGCCAAGCGCCUGACCGACAUCGUCUCCCUGUCAUAUUCACUCCCCUCGGUGCAGAGAUUCUCAGGGCCUUUCCUGACGAUGGACGAGGAAUCCGGCGGCGACGCUGCCGAGAAGCCCGUCCCGCCGAAGAUGUACCUCACGCACCCUGGCGUCGUGGCCAGCACGCUGUUCCCCGUGCCGUGGUUCCUCUUCUGGGCGUAUGAGCUUGCGCUGGUGGUUGCUCGCUGGAUUGGCUCCCCGUGGCACAACGUCGAUGGCUACAAGGGUGCCACGUCGGCGGCCUGGCUAGCGCUGCAGGAUCAGGCCGUGCUGGACGACAUGCAGGCCGAUAGGAUCAAAUGGGGCAGCUCGACGGACAGGCAUCUCGUGUCGGACGUGAAGAAGACGGAGGUGGACGGCUGGGGAUGGGAAGGUAAGGUCGAGACGGACAAGACGAUUGCGGCUGAUACGGCGGCCGGGGUGCUGCAUAAAUCGGUGGGGAGACGAUUGGGAACGAAGAACGCCACGGAGGAGUCGCUGGUGGAGUUUGAGGAGAUGGGAGCGAGGGCGUGGGAAGAGAUGGAGAGGUUGAGGCAUCAGUGGGCCAAGAUAAUAAAGCUGGAUAAAAAGGAGUGAGCGAUAUUUGAUACCUUGUUAUGUUAUACCUUUUGUGUUUUUCUCUUUUUUACACAAAGUUUUAAUUAUUACUGGUUUACGGUGUUUGAAGAAUAUAUUGGAAGGAAAAAAGGGACACAAGACGGUUUAGAACCAAGAGAUAGGGUA